GUGUGUGUGUGAGAGAGAGAGAGAAAGAGAGAGAGAAAGAAAUGGAGAGAAAGCGAUACGGAGAGGAGGAGAGUGGUUUUUGUUGCGGAUGUCCUCAUUGCAAUAUUUUUUUUUAAAUAGAAAGUCAUAGACAAUCAAAAAGGAGUCUAAUACACAAUGUUUAUGGCAUAUUUUUCGAUAAGGCUCAUCAUCUAAUAUGGCUGAUAAUACAUUUUUGAGUUCGUUAGAUUUAAAAGUUAAAUUAACAUUACAUUCAUUAUAGGGUAAUCUAUUUUCUCAAUUUAAGGUUACCAUAGUGUUUUUUUUAGAAAACAGGCUUGUUUCUAUAGUGGAUAUAGUCAUAUAAUUAGUACGAACAUUGUAGAUAUGUUCAGUAUGUUUAAUUCUAUCAUUUCAUCAAGCAAAAGUACGAGAUUUUGGUAAUAUUCAUUGCUAUUUAUAAUCAAAAUUCAAAUCCUGCAAAAAGGACUUCAUAAUCAGUUCUAUUCUAAUUAAAUAAAGAUUUUUUUAGGUUUCUUGGAGUUUCAUCACUAUAAGAACACCAUACGAUAACUAUAGGAACCAUACCAAUGAAAUGGAUAUGACACAGCAGUAAGAAACCAUGGAUUGAUAUUAAUAUUAUUCCUCAUUAUGUCUUAAAGUUGACUUUAUACACAAAUACACAAAUUGCUGGUUCAUCGAAAUGUGGCCAGCAGCACAUACGACUUUGAACAGUAAAUCAUUCCUUUCAUUCCUUUCCACUGAUAUUCUUUUGGCAUUUAUAGAACUCAUAUUGAACUUUUUGUCAUUAUUUACAUGUAGCUUGAGAUUAUGGUUAAUGGCCUCAAAUGUGGCAAUUUUGUCCAUUUAAUCAUAGCUGGAGGUGGUGUAGCAUCGAUUGUUACCCUUGCAAUUAUGUUGCUUUUGAACAUUUUGACAUCUUUUUUUUCCUACUGAGUUUAUGUCGAAUGAUUAUGGGUUAUUUUACUUUUUACUCGUUGUUUUAUUGCUUAUACUUCUUUUUCUUUAUUGCUUUCUUCUGAAUAACUCGAUAUUGUAGCACCAGGGUGUGAACUAUAAAACGUGUUUAUUAUUCUUCUAUAUUUAUCACCUCCUCACAUUCAGUCUGAUAAUCGUCUUUCAAGGCCUUUUUAACAAAGAAGAGUACAAAAUUUGAGUAAACUAUUAAUUUAUACAAUUUUCUGAAGUAGCUAUGUAAUUCUCUAUUUAGAAUUCAGUGUUAUGGGAAUUUUACCUCAGGUGCAAAAGAGAUCUUCAGAUAAUACAUAUGCAUGUUAGUGGAAAUCAUUCUAUUAUGUUGGGAAUUUCUAUCGCCUGGUGAACUUUCUAGAGUGUUCUCUGGUUUGCUUGUCGUUUAUAGUUUUUGUUCUUUUUUUGCAUUCCUGCAGUGCAUAUUUAUAUCCCACAGAGUCGAACCUGUGAACCGGUUAAGAGAUAGGAUAUAUUUUUGCCACAUUUCCUUAUACAGUGAUUGGCUUCGGAAGAGCAUCCUACGCAUGGGUGUAGGAUUAUUCCAGAACUUGAAGAAGACUACCGAGUCAUAGUUUACGUUACAAAAAGUUAGAAGAUGAAUUGGGGCGAUCUCCAGAAUUAUGCAUAUUGUUUCGUUCACAAUUUCUAGCGGGCCUCGGGGUUUUGGAACCGUUGUAAGGCCUCAACUCGGUAAAAUCUCACACACUGAAUUAACGGCACGGACGCUGCAAAACCAGUUUUGCGCUCGCUUCAUUGUGCUGAGAACGUGUGGUUAAACGUCCUUUCUUUACGGAGCGUAUUGUUAACCGCGCUAUAUUGGUUUAGCGGAGUUUAAAUGAAAGGGAGAGCGUGCUGGCGCCCGCUUUUACGGUUCAUGGACAUUUCCCAGGAAUUUCCAAACCAACUCCACACGAGGGCCAGGCCAGGAUCGAUUUGACCGAUAACCUUUUCCGGGGAUCACUCGUGAUAUAUCGCGUGCUGAUGCUGGCUGGCGUAACAGCGACUGCGAUGAUGUACUCUGAUGUCUAAUGAUAGCUUAGUCAAGAGCACCCGCUGCAAACUAUCUUUGAGCUCUCAAAUUGUAGCCUUUCGAUAGAGUUUUACUGCUUCGCGAAGUAACGAUCGUAUGGAUGUUUUGGAUAAGUGCGAAUCGGGGGCUCCGUCGAUUCGCACCCGGUCCGUUACGUAAGGGGUCUCCCUUCCCCGGCAAUAGUGAGCGCAUCGGCAAUAGUAGCGCUUCUUCUCUUGAUUAGGACGGGAUUCUCGUGCCCGAAGUUAAGCUUUAGUUAGUCGACCGGUGCGACUAGUACAACACGUGUCCAACAGUUUGAGAUGUGCUGCAGGACUGAAAGUAGCUUGUCCGAUUUGUGAAUGCUAAUUUCGUGAUCGUGAACGUGUACAUACAAGUGGCCGCAGAAUGGCAUCUUCAAGCGAAGCAAAUUUCAUGUACGUGCGGUUAAUGGUGGUCAGUGUUGUCAUCGGUAUGGCAUGUGUACGAAUCGCAUUUGCUUGCAAUUGUAUAUCGGAAAAGUUUUGCGCUGCACCACCGGAUGUGGAUCUUCGGCUGAUAGAUGACGACCAGUGCCCUACGGGGAUGGUGUGCUGUGGUGAGCCGGCAAGUGACCUUGACGAAACGGUCUGCGAUGGUGGACUCUGCGUUUCCGACCAGUCACAGUGCCCUGGUGAGGAUUACGACGACGAAGAUUACGGCGCCGGAGCAAUCGACCUCCGAACGAACGAUGUACGCUGCCCCGGAACUCAGUAUUGCUGCCGAACGAUGCGCGAGCAACUUCCCGCGUGUGAUGGAACGUGCGUGCCGAGGUCACUCUGCACCAUGUUCCAGCCCGGGUCGGCGGGGUGUGCGGGUGAUAACGUUUGCUGCCGGAUGGAUCGGAACGCGUGGAUUGACACGAUCAACGAUAUAAAUGCGAUGGGUGAACCAGCUUUGCUGCCCGCUAACGAUCGCGUGUCGGGGACAUGCGCGUGGAGCAGAUUGGGAACAGAUACCACCACCGUCGUACCACCCUGGCUGGUGUCGAUCUGGGCACGGGUUGACAUCCUGCCCGGCUUGCAGGCGGAUCAGUUCGUUUGUGGUGGGGUGCAGGUCGACUCGUCGCUAAUAAUGACAGCCGCGAGCUGCGUGAACGAUCGACCGGCGGAGGACCUGUUCGCGAACGUUGGUGAUUACGAUAUUUCGAGCCGAACUUUGCUGCGCGUCGAAAAUAUCUACACCGUCAAGGAGAAGAUCAUUCACGAAUAUUACAACACCUCCGAUCCGGUGCACAACGAUGUCGCCUUGCUGCGUCUUAUCGCCCCGGUUCGGAAUGGAAAGUGUACUGCACCGCUUGCCGCACCGCCAGCGAAUGGAUGCAAAGCACAAAACCGCGAUUGCUACACCAUCGGCUGGAGCCGUACAUUGCUUGCAGCAGGCUCCGGACGACCGAAACGCUACCCGGUACAGGUGACAACCUUCCAGGAGGAUCUGUUCUGCUCUCCCGGCACGAUCUGUAUCGAUCGCGACGAAGGACAGUGCAAUGUUGAGGACGAAUCUCUGCAUGGAUCGGUCGUUAUUUGCGAGGAGGGCGAGCAGCAAGACGAUUGGAAGGUAAGAGGGCUGCUAAUACGCAACUGCACGGGCGUGGCCAUUGAGAGUGUGGUGGCGUGGCUGGAGCAUCAGCGUAAUCCCGGGUUCGUGCAGAAACUGGGACCAGCGGAUCCGUCCCGCCAGUAUCUGCCCGUCCGGGCGUGAUCUCCAUGGAUAACUCCAUGGACCUUUGGAAAAUGAUGCAAUGUACCAAAAUAAAUGAAUGUUUUGUUUGUUCUCUUA